GCCAGUCGUACGUAUCAACUUGUUUAUAGUUGUCUGAACAUCAUCGAACACGAGUUGUGAGCGACCUCUUGUAAAUGACCUAAUGAUAGCACUUAUUGAGUUGACUUCAAUGAGAUAAUUCCGUCAUUCUCAGUGAAGUGACCCGUUCCGAACUCUUCUGUUGGAAAGUGAACAAAAAUGUUUAAAAUUGUUUUAAUUUGUGCGUUUGGGAUUGCUGCCAGCAAUGCAGACGCUCCGGGAGACCCGCCCAAGGUGUACUGCGGAGAGAUUCCUUAUAAGAUAUUUGAAUGUCUGGGCAGCCCGAGGAUAAUAAAGCCAGAGAGCUCUAUGAAAUGUGACAAAUCCAUAUCCGAAUGUGACAAAAUGAGAUGCAUCUUCAGAGAGGAAGGUUGGAUGGUGAAUAAUAUGGUAGACAAAAGUAAGGUUGGCGCGAACUUCGACCAGUUCGGCAAGGACAACCCCGACUGGGCCGCUGCUAUCGGGGCCGCUAAGACCGAGUGCCUGGCGCAGGAGCUGCCAGCCCAGGGGGUUUUCAUCGGCUGCCCAGCGUACGACAUCUUGCAUUGCACGCUCACUACUCUUAUUAGGAAUGCUAACCCAGCCAAGUGGUCUUCCUCUGAAGAGUGCAAGUACCCGCGCCAGUACGCCGGCGCCUGUCCCAUCUGCCCAUCCAACUGCUUCGUGCCGGCCAUACCCACUGGCUCCUGCAAUGCUUGCCUCUCACUGCCUCGCACACCUUGAUCGAUUCUAUGAAUAUAUAAACAAAUAUGUAUAUACUACAGCAUUAAAAUAUAUGUACUUAUUAUU